AUGAAAAAUGACGAUGAAUCCCUCGACAAGAUCGCCAUCAAUUCAAUCACGUACGCCGAAAAAAAUAGCUCGAAAUCGAUUUGUUCGAAACGAUCAAAGGAAAGACGACAAUUGGCGAAUCGUGCAAAACUACUCGCGUCAGAUUCGCGAUGUAAUGAGGGAAUGAUGCAAAUUGUUCGCGAGAUUCGCCAAAUGAAUCGCGAUAUUCGAAGGAAAUACCACAUUCAUUCGCAAGAUGAGAAAAGUAAUCAGGAAGAAGAGAGCUUAAAAUCAGGAAAAAGCUCGAAUAGCUCUGGCAAAUCAAUUUCAAGACAUUUGGCAAAAGAAAAUCGACAAAGAAUUAAUAAUAAUAAUAAUGAUGAGCCAUUGGACCAUAAAGGAUUGCCAUUAUCACAUCCGCUGGCGACGACACCGUUCCCUGGAAAGUCAUCUGCGGCUCAGCGAGCACGAGCGCGAGCUCUUUUGAUUUCAAUGGGUCAAGGGAUGUUGUCGAAAACCGACAGCGACAAAAGUGGAAAGAACUUGAAAAAACUGGACUCGAGUAGCUCAUCGAGCAAAAAAUCCACAAAAAAGAGCGAAUCGAAGACGACGUCGUCGAGCAAGAAGGAAACAUCGAAGGCAACGUCAAAGAAGAAGUCGAAAACGGCAAAGUCUUCAGCGCCUUCGGCGGAGACGUGCUCCAGCUCGAUUCCGUUCCACACGGAGAAGCUUGAGCUAUGCGAGACGUGCGAGACGUGCACCAAAUGCAAUAAAGCCUGUAAGGCGUAUCAAGCGAAGGGGCUUGUGGUGACGGAUGAGGAGCGCAAAAUGUUUUUGAAGGAAAUCAAAAAGUUGAGGAAGAAGAUUCAGAAUCCUGAGAGUAGCCGCUUGAAAGCGGUAAAAUCGCCAUUUGAUCACACCCAAUCGGAUUCGGAUAAAGAUUUGUCGGCGCAGAAAAAGAAGAAAAAGCAAAAGAAAUAG